AGAAACCAAUAAAUAAAAGGAAAAAAAAAGAAAAAAGAAAAGAAAAAAGAAACAUAACAAACAUGCAACACACAAAUACAUAAACACACAUACACAAACCCAAUUCCCUUCUUCUUUCUUUCGCUCCUUUCAAUUCUCCUGUCUCCUUCUCCCGCUUAGAUCGGAUCUCCAAUAUCUCUAUCGUCGUCAACACACGAACCCCCAAAAUCCAGAAAAAAAAAAGAAGAAGAAAGAAAUUAGAAGAGGGAGAGAUAGGGAGAAGGGAGAUUAAUAACACGAGGAGAAGAAAAAGCCCAACCCAGAAAAAAGGGGUCGAGAGAAAUCCCGUAUUUUGGCAAUCCCAGAAAAAGAAAAUUAAACAGGUUUGUCCAUGGUCAGAAUUCAACUGGUUGAAAGGCGGAAUCUUGGUGGGAAUUUGGUUGAAUAGAAUAAAUGGGAAAUGUGACAUCGAACGUGGCUGCAAAGUUCGCGUUUUUCCCGCCGGAGCCGCCGACGUACGACGUGUACAGUGAUGAGGUGGAGGGGAAGCUGGUCAUGAGCGGGCUGUCGCCGGAGAAGAACGUCGACGUGCAUUUGUUGGAUACAAAGCCCGGGAAUAAAAUCGUGGCCACGUUUUGGAGGCACCCGGCGGGGAGAUUUACGCUGUUGUAUUCUCACGGCAACGCCGCCGAUUUAGGGCAGAUGCUGGAGCUCUUUCUCGAGCUCAGAGCGCAUCUACGUGUCAACAUCAUGAGCUAUGAUUAUUCUGGAUAUGGAGCAUCCUCUGGUAAGCCAUCUGAGUUAAACACAUACCACGACAUUGAGGCUGUCUAUGAAUGUUUGAAGAACGAGUAUGGGAUCAAGCAAGAGGAUGUCAUUCUAUAUGGCCAAUCUGUUGGGAGCGGUCCUACAUUACAUCUUGCAUCUCGCUUUCCUAGGUUGAGAGCUGUAGUCCUCCACAGUGCAAUUCUUUCGGGCAUACGAGUUCUUUAUAAUGUAAAGGUCACAUUCUGGUUUGACAUUUUCAAAAACAUAGACAAGAUACGGAAUGUCAACUGUCCGGUUCUAGUAAUACAUGGUACAAAUGAUGAGAUUGUUGACUUCUCACAUGGCAAACGACUGUGGGAGCUUGCUAAGGAGAAAUACGAUCCAUUAUGGGUGAAAGGCGCAGGGCACUGCAAUAUCGAAACAUUUCCCGAGUACAUCAAACACUUGAGGAAAUUCGUGAAUGCAAUGGAGAAACUUUCCUUCUCCAGAAGAGACAAGAUGCAAUCUGAUACUAGCCCAACCUCAGCAGAAUUCAGAAGCAACAAAUGCUUGAUGUUUACAAAAAAAUAGCUCUUAUUCAUAGAAGUUCACCUUAGUAAAAACAGUUGCUCAAAUCAUGUGCUCUGCGUAAAGGGUCCGAAUCAUUGAAAUUUCAGCUGCAGAGCAUUAUAGGGGAUGAAGAUGUAAUCAAGAUUGAAGAUGCUAGGUAAGAGCUUUUCGCGAUCCAUCAAGGUAAAAUCGAUAUGCUGUGAUGCUUAUAUUUCCAGAGUACUCGACUUCUCAUCACCUCGUGUAUACUAGAAUGUCGUUCUUUAGCUGCAAGAUAGUGUAGUAAUAGAUUGUUUACAAGAGUGGCGCCUGCGCCCUCUUAUUCAUUCUUGUGUAGUGCCUCUGCGCGUGAAAACGUGGUUGUGAUGAUGUUCUAACAUUUAUGUGAAUUCUUGUGUAUAUACACCUGCUGAAGCUCUAUACAAUCUUUCAUGCUUUUCCUUA